AUGUAUGACCACUACACGAUGUGUCAGGGACCCGUUGUGUAUCUCUCACAGCUUCUGAAAACCAGGAUAAAAAAUCGUGGAGCUAAAGCUAUAUAUCAUACAAGGCAUCCGGGGGAGAUCUUGCACACUGCAAGGGUCACAUCCAGCGGUUGCGGCUCACAGAAAAGAAUUUGCAAGGGACCCGGAGGAAGCCUCAGCGUUCGAAGUGCCAAGGGAAAACGAGCUUCGACUAAUCCAAGACGAAACAGUGACACAACCCUUCCCAGGAGCAACCCAGAGGACUCGAACUACUACACGCUCGUCAAGGGCGACUCAGCCAACGUGGCUGCUUCUCCUCUCGAUGUCUCUCUGCCAACCUACGUCCUCGUCCACGGCUUCUCUUCGAAUGGAGAGAGUGGGUGGCUUACGCAGGGAAAGACAGCACUGCUGGAACUGGCUCCGUACAACGUCAUCACAGUGGACUGGAGUAAACUGGCGGAAGCCCCCUGGUACAACAUUGCGAUUGCAAAUGUCGAUGAGGUCGGCAGCUUCACGGCGUCCAUGCUCGACUGGCUCCACGCGGAAGCCAGCCUCGACGUCUCGACCGUCCACCUCGUCGGCCACUCCCUCGGCGCCCACGUUUCCGGAAGCGUCGGGCGCCACCUCGCGUCUGCCAGGCUGCCGAGGAUCACAGGCCUGGAUCCCGCGGGCCCGGAGUUCUACAACCAGCCUGAGGAGAACCGCCUGGAUCCCUCCGACGCCAUCUUCGUUGACGUCAUUCACACCAACGCGGGAUCGGUGCUCGAGAGCUGCGUAGGCCUAAAACUCCCGACCGGCGACGUGGACUUCUACCCGAACGGCGGCGACCACCAGCCCGGCUGCGUGCUGCUCGGGGAGGACUGGACGGAUCUCCUUACAGGAGGAUGCAGUCACGGCCGCGCCCACGACUACUGGGUGGAGAGCAUCUUCGCCCUACAGCCCGAGGAGGCCUUCAGCGCACGCCCUUGCGAGAGCUGGGAGGCGUACGAACAGGGGGCGUGUCCUGACUGCGGCGAGGACUGCGUCGACAUGGGCUUCCACCUGGUGCCGGGAAGCGCUCAAGUCAAGAAUAUCAGGGACUACGAGCACAGAGGGAAAUUACACAGGUCUAGCCAGCUUGGGGGGUCAGGGUGA